UCUUUCUCUUGCCUCCUGAGGACUGGCAAAGGGAAGGUCCUGGAACUUUAAAGAGCUGCAGUGUCUAUGGGAGAACCUGUAAGGAGAGAAGUCUUCUCAGUAUCACCACUUCCUCUCUACCAAGGCUCGGGCUGCUUUCCUUCGAGCAUCACACAUCGAAAGUGAAAAAGGCAGAAACUCUCCAGAUGUCUUCCAGUAAUGAUGAAGUUUUUAUCCCAAUGUCCCGAAGAAACACCAAUGACCUCCCCAGGACAACCUCCAAUGACCUGAAGACAUUUACCGAAGUAGCUGUGUUAAGUUUUCAUAACAUCAACUAUCGAGUAAAAGUGACAAGUGGCUUUCUUCUUGGUCGAAAAACAGUUGAGAAAGAAAUAUUAACAAAUAUCAAUGGCAUCAUGAGACCUGGCCUCAAUGCCAUUCUGGGACCCACAGGUGGAGGCAAAUCUUCGUUGUUAGAUGUCUUAGCUGCAAGGAAAGAUCCACAUGGAUUAUCUGGGGAUGUUUUGAUAAAUGGAGCACCUCGACCUGCCAAUUUCAAAUGUAAUUCAGGUUAUGUGGUACAAGAUGAUGUCGUGAUGGGCACUCUGACGGUGAGAGAAAAUUUACAGUUCUCAGCAGCUCUACGGCUUCCAACAACUAUGACGACUAAUGAAAAAAAUAUACGGAUUAACAGGGUCAUUCAGGAGUUAGGUCUAGAUAAAGUGGCGGAUUCCAAGGUUGGAACUCAGUUUAUCCGUGGUGUGUCUGGAGGAGAAAGAAAAAGGACUAGUAUAGGAAUGGAGCUUAUUACUGAUCCAGCCAUCCUGUUCCUAGAUGAGCCCACAACUGGCUUAGACUCAAGCACAGCAAAUGCUGUCCUUUUGCUCCUGAAGAGGAUGUCUGAACAGGGACGAACAAUCAUUUUCUCCAUUCAUCAGCCUCGUUACUCUAUCUUCAAGUUGUUUGAUAGCCUCACCUUGUUGGCCUCAGGAAGACUAAUGUUCCAUGGGCCUGCCCAGGAGGCCUUGGGUUACUUUGCAUUAAUGGGUUACCAGUGUGAGCCCUAUAAUAACCCUGCAGACUUCUUCCUGGAUGUCAUUAAUGGAGACUCCUCUGCUGUGGUAUUAAACAGACAGGACCAGGCGGGUGAAGCCAAGGAGACUGAAGGACCUUCCAAGAGAGAUAUUCCACUCAUUGAAAAAAUAGCUGAGUUUUAUGCCAACUCUGCCUUCUCCAGAAAAACAAAAGAUGAGUUAAAUCAACUCUCAGAGGGUCAGAAAAAGAAGAGCUCAGCCUUUGGGGAGAUCACCUAUGCCACCUCCUUCUGUCAUCAACUCAGAUGGAUUUCCAAGCGUUCAUUCAAAAACUUACUGGGUAACCCUCAGGCCUCUAUAGCUCAGAUAAUUGUAACAAUCAUCCUGGGAUUGGUUAUAGGUGCCAUUUUCUAUGAUUUAAAAAAUGAUUCUACGGGAAUCCAGAAUAGGAUGAAUUUUCUUCAUUCUGAUAUUUCUUCAUUCAAUAUCAGAUCCAUUUGCACAGAGCGAUCUCAAAUACACUGUUACCUAUUGGAUUCAACCCCCUCUUUUCUUCCCAACCAAGGAUUGAAACCAGUUGUGGAGGCUUUCUUCAUCAUGAUGUUUACCCUUAUGAUGGUGGCUUAUUCAGCCAGUUCUAUGGCACUGGCCAUAGCAGCAGGCCAGAGUGUGGUGUCCAUAGCAACACUUCUCAUGACCAUCUCCUUUGUGUUUAUGAUGAUAUUUUCAGGGCUGUUGGUAAAUCUCACAACCAUCCAGCCUUGGCUAUCAUGGCUUCAGUACUUCAGCAUUCCUCGAUAUGGCUUUGCAGCUUUGCAGCAUAAUGAAUUUUUGGGACAAAACUUCUGCCCAGGACUCAAUGUAACAACAAAUAAUACCUGUAGUUAUGCGACAUGUACUGGCGAAGAAUUUUUGGUAAACCAGGGCAUCGAUAUCUCCCCUUGGGGCCUGUGGAAGAAUCACGUAGCCUUGGCAUGCAUGAUUGUUAUUUUCCUUAUAAUUGCCUACCUAAAAUUGUUAUCUCUUAAAAAAUUUUCUUAAAUUCUUCUUGGAUUUACAUGAUUUAUGUGCACAUUAAAUAGGGAGUGUCUUGAUUUAUUUUAAGCAUUCAA